CAGGUCCCCUGGUCGAGCCCUGCCAUUCAGUCACUGAUGCAAAAGGACUGGGGGCUUUUUGUUGGUCCCCUUAGCAAAGCACAUGCUCAGUUACUCACGUAGGGUCCAUCCAGUGGGUGUCAGUGGGUCUCCUGCAGUGUCCUGCAGCACCCAGUGCGUCUUUAGAGACAACUUGAUGGCCUGAUGCAGACACAGUUUUGUUUCAAGUGGUUAGGAGAGGGGGACAAGCUAGCUCGAACCUUCUGUGAACUGUCACAAACUUAAGUUGCUGUGUCCUGCUGAUUACAGCUUUCAUCUGGGGUUUAGCUUGUGAGAAUACAGAGGUCAUUUUAUCAUCAGAUCUGCUCUGGUUGUGGAGUAAACAUUCCCUUAUCAUACAAAGAUGGCCGCAGCCCCAUGUGCCCAGCAGCCCCGGCCCGCUCGGGGCCUGAGGGCCGGAGCCAGGCGCUGCCGCUGAGGCGAGGAGCGCGGCCAUGGCCAUGGCCUCGGCCCGCCGCGCCCGGCCCGCCGGGCCCCCCGACGGCGGCUGGGGAUGGAUGAUUGUCGCUGGCUGCUUCCUCGUCACCAUCUGCACCAGGGCCGUGACAAGGUGCAUCUCCAUAUUUUUUGUGGAGUUUCAGGCAUACUUUGGGCAGGAUUAUGCCAGAACUGCUUGGAUCCACUCCAUUGUCGACUGUGCUACGAUGCUUUGUGCCCCGCUUGGGAGUUUAAUCAGUAAUCAUGUGUCCUGCCAAGUUGGUAUCAUGCUAGGAGGGCUGCUUGCAUCUACUGGACUAAUUUUGAGCUCAUUCGCCACCAGUCUGGAACAUCUCUACUUAUCAUUAGGAGUCCUCACAGGACUUGGGUUUGCACUUUGUUAUUCUCCAGCCAUUGCGAUGGUGGGCAAAUACUUCAACAAAAGGAAAGCACUGGCGUAUGGAAUAGCCAUGUCAGGAAGUGGAAUUGGUACCUUCAUCCUGGCCCCUGUGGUCCAGCUCUUAAUUGAGCAGUUUUCCUGGCGAGGAGCUCUGCUCAUCCUGGGAGGUUUUGUUUUAAACCUCUGUGUCUGUGGUGCCUUGAUGCGGCCUAUUUCUCUUAAGGAGGAUUGUAAAACUGCUCCUGAGUUGCUUGAACAGAAUUAUGUCCCGGAAACAGAGAAACAAGACUUAAAGCGAAUGUCCGUCUGUUCACCUUUAAUCAAAUUGUGGCCUCAUGAAUGUUCAUGGAAGGAAUAUGACUUUUUGCUGAUGCCAGGAUUCAUGGUGCUGGCAGUGUCAAUUUUAUUUAUGGCAUAUGGCUGCAGCCCUCUUUUUGUCUACCUAGUGCCUUAUGCCUUGAGUGUUGGAGUGAGCCAUCACCAGGCUGCCUUCCUCAUGUCCAUUCUUGGUGUCAUAGACAUCAUUGGUAAUAUCACCUUUGGAUGGCUCACAGACAGAAGGUGCCUGAAGAAACAUCGAUACUUUUGCUACCUCUUUGCUGUGGGAAUGGAUGGCCUCUCUUGUCUUUUCCUGCCAGUUCUCCAAAGCUUCCCCUUGCUUGUGCCUUUCUCAUUUACCUUUGGCUACUUUGAUGGAGCCUAUGUAACUCUGAUCCCUGUUGUGACAGCAGAUGUAGUGGGAACUGCUUUGUUGUCAUCAGCACUGGGCGUUGUGUAUUUUCUUCAUGCCAUACCAUAUCUAGUGAGCCCACCUGUGGCAGGUUGGCUUGUGGACACAACUGGCAGCUAUACGGCAUCAUUUCUCCUGAGUGGAUUUUCUAUGAUAUUUAGUUCAGCAUUAUUGUGCUUUGCAAGACUAGCAAAGAAAAUCAAAAGAACACAUUUGCCAUCCCUCACUGGUAACACAGCCUUGAAACAGCACAUCUGGACAAAUGGAGCAAUAGCUUAUUCUGUCACAGCAGAAUUAGACCAAAGGGAUGUUGAAUUUUUGUCUGUGGAUAAAAACAGCUCCAGCAACAGCUCCAGCAACAGGUGACAAGUGCUGUCGAGAUUCAGUAGGGCACAGCCUGAGACAGACCUGGCUCAGUGGUGUCACACUGUUGAAGAUACUUCUGUGAAACAAGACCUCUCUCAAUUAGAUUGUUCUGUUGUGUUUUAGUUGGCUUAAAUCUACAUACAGCAACAGUAAUACCAAGUUAAUGCAGUAAUAGAAGAAAGCUAGACUGAAAAUAGAGUGUGUAGAUAAAAGUGUUCACAGAUUUAUUUGAAAUGCAAUGUUGACUCCACAGGGAUCAGUCGCCAAAACUGAACAAUAACAUUUACAUUUAAAAAUAUUAUUAAUGACCCAAGCUUUUUCAUUUUGUGGUCCAGUAUGUUUCAAUGGACUAAUUACACACACCAUGAAAAAAUCUCUGCAUUUAUCAGUCUGCAUGAAACUCUUUGCAAAUGAGUGUUUCCAAUGCCAAAAUCAUCUGUUUGUUUUGCUUUUGUUUUGGUUUGGUUUUUUUCUUUUUUUUUUCUUUUUUUUUUUUAAGAAAAUCUGGCAGGAAACUGAUCUAUGCUGAAAGUAUCCCUGAAUCAGCUUUAAUUUUUACAAUGUACCUGAACUUUGUACAUACAUUGCAAUUUAAUUUCAAAUACCAUUUUAGACCUGCUUUCCCACAUGCUCUAUAGCAAAUUUUACUCUUUUUUUUUUUUUUUUUUUCUUCUGGAUACCUUUAAAAUUUGACCUUCUAAACACUGACAUUCUGGGUAUGAUUUUUCAGUUGAUCCUUGUCUUGGAGGGUGGAAAAUGUGCUGUGGUGGUUCUACUUAUCUGAAGAGGACUGAAUUUGUGCCAUGGGAACAGGCAUGCUGAUAGACAAAUGUGCUUUAACUGCAUUAGUUGGAAGAAGCCCAAAGGCAGCCCAAGACACCAGAGAGGCUCUUGUGUUUUCAAACACAGAACCUCUUCCUUUUGUAAAAACAGCACCCAUUAGAGAACUUUAGAGUCCAUGCAACCAGAUAGCUGAGAGACUGUCCACCCCACGGGCUGGUAAUGGAGAGCACGCUGGCAGAAUUGUUUCUGUGUAUUGCAGUGGCAAGUCUGUCUCUUUUCAGACCCAGAAGCUGCAUCUUCAGGUGGUGCCAAUUGCUCAUUUGUACCAUCUGAAGAGCUGCCAGGACACUUUUCAUUGAUGGCCAGCACACAAGAGCUGUGACUUGCUGACAGUUUCCUGCUGCUUGUGUGAGGAAGAUAUUCCAGUUGGCUGCUUCACAGGAGCUAGGGAGUGAAUGUAGCUCAUGGAGUAACUUACUGUUGUGAUGGUCCAAUAAAUACUGUGAUUUUCUACAUUUCCACCGUGAAAACAUUUUUAGCAAUGGAAAACUUCACAUUCCACAAUGCAAAUAGUUUCAGUGUUUUAAUGCUGUAUCAAGCUGUAUUCUGUUCAUUAACAAAUUGAUCAGUCCAAACAAUGUUAAUUUACACUGAACUAGUAGUUUUGUUAGUCUGCAGUGUGUUCAAUGGCUUCUCAUGGUGUCCUUUUCCACUCUGUGCCUUGGAAGUGAAAGCAACAUAGACUGAUGUUUAUCAAUUUGAUCAAGAGUACAGCCAUAGGAGUAUAAUGUAUUUAUAUAUAUACACACACACAUAUAUAUAUGAAUAUCAUGUGUAUCAAAUCGUUUUAUUAUCCAAAUGUAUUUCAAAUAUAACAUAUUAAAAUUG